AUGCCCAGCUAUGUGAAGUUCCUCAAGGAUAUACUCGCCAAUAAGAGAAAGAUCGGGGAAAAUGAAACUGUUGCACUAACGUAUGAGUGUAGUGCGCUCUUCCAGAACAACAUCCCCAAGAAAAUGAAAGAUCCAGGGAGCUUCACAUUGCCAUGUUCAAUCGGGGGUAAAGAAGUCGGAAAUGCGUUUUGUGACUUAAGGGCAAGUGUUAACCUGAUGCCUUUAUCAAUCUUCAAGAAGUUAAACAUCGACAACGCAAGACCCACCACAGUCACGUUGCAGUUGGCUGACAGAUCAAUAACGCAUUCAGAGGGAAAGAUAGAGGUGUACUCGUGNCAGUCACGUUGCACUGACACUGAGGUGUCGAUCAUAUUGGGUCGCCCGUUUCUUGCAACAGAGCGAGCGCUGAUCGACGUACAAAAAGGAGAACUCACUAUAAGAGUUGACAAUCAGCAAGUAAAGUUCAACGUUCUCAAUGUGUUGAAAUACCCAGAUGAUAUGGAAAAUUGCCAGUAUAUUGGAGAACUACAGGAAGAAUAA